CGCGAUUCGUGUUUCACGUGGGAAAGGUUUUGUUGUGGAAGGUUUGAAAGGGAGGUUAUAGCUUAGUGUUACAUAUUAAACAAUGUCUUCUCUAGAAAAUAGCAAUCGAGGGGCACUGGCUGCCAUGCCCGAUCCUGCUACUUUUUAUCGAAGGAAAUUUUUGUGUGCCGCCCCAGCUGGCGGAGGAAAAGGCAAGCGGCAUCCAGGGAAAGCUAUCCUCGCAGGAGGGAUUGCAGGUGGACUUGAAAUCUGCUGCACAUUUCCAACAGAGUAUGUAAAAACCCAAGUACAACUAGAUGAGCGAGCAGCAAAGCCUAUGUAUAAAGGCCCUCUUGAUUGUGCUGCUAAAACAGUAAAAAAUCAUGGGUUUUUUGGACUCUACAGAGGUCUUAGUUCAUUGUUGUAUGGCUCAAUACCAAAAGCAUCUGUAAGAUUUGCAAUGUUCGAGUUCCUAAAAAAUAACAUGGUAGAUGACAAGGGUAAAUUAACACAAGUGCAAACCCUCCUUUGUGGAUUAGGAGCAGGAGUUGCAGAGGCUGUCAUCAUAGUGUGUCCAAUGGAAACUGUCAAAGUCAAGUUUAUUCAUGAUCAGACACAACCAAAUCCAAAAUAUAAGGGUUUCUUUAAUGGUGUUGGAACUAUUGUGAGAACAGAGGGAUUUGGUGGAGUCUACAAGGGUUUAACAGCCACAGUAAUAAAGCAGGGAACCAAUCAAAUGAUUCGAUUCUUUGUAUAUUCCAACUUGAAGAACUAUCUUCAAGGAGGUGACCCUAGCGUAGACAUUGGCUCUAUAAAAACAUUUUGCAUUGGUGGAGUUGCAGGGGCAGCCAGUGUCUUUGGAAACACUCCUGUUGAUGUUGUUAAAACAAGGAUGCAGGGUCUAGAUGCACACAAGUACAAGAACACUUUAGAUUGUGUAAUGAGGAUUAUCAAAUAUGAAGGACUGAAAGCGUUCUACAAGGGAACAGUACCUCGUCUUGGCAGAGUGGUCUUUGAUGUUGCCUUUGUUUUCACUUUUUAUGAAAACGUCAUGAAGUUGUUGGAUUAUGUUUGGGAGACAAACUAAAUGAACAAUUCUGCAAACCUAUAAUUUAUGAUUGCACCUUUUAUAAUCAGACAGAUGUAAUUUGAACACUGACAUUAUUUCCUUUACUUUCAAGAGUAGUUUUUCCACAAUAAAAAUACAAUGUUAAAGGUUAACUGUACUUUGUUGGUACAAAUUAUUUAAGAGGUGAAAGGUGGUGUUGAAAUGGCAUUAUUAAUUUUAUUUUUGGAAAAUUUGCAAGGAAAUUGGAAUUUUUAAAAUUUUUUUUGGUAUACAAUUAACAUAAAUCCUUUCUUUAUUGUGGGGUACAGGUAUACACAUUAUUACACAGUAUGCAUACCUAUCCAUUCACAAGAUGAUGAUUCCAACAUUUUGGGAGUAAAAGAAAGAACUAAUCAUAUUGAAAAGGGAUCAAUUCACAAAAUAAAAUAUUUUACAACAAUGUAAGAUAUCAAGGUUCUAUGAAUAAUAAUUACACUAAUAACAAUGCCUAUUAAUUAUUAAAAGGUAUUUACAAAGGA